GAAAUUCUCAAUUUCCGCCAUUGCGUUCCGCCAUUUUGCUUGGUCGCGGAGUGAACGUGAAAUUUAUUCCUAUGUAUUUUAUCGUGACUAUUAGUUAUUUAGUUUAGAAUUAGUGUUUCGCCAGACUAAUGGCGUGCUUAAAUACACUUAAGUUAGAAAUCAAGACAUUAGAACAAGUGUUUCCAAAAAGCCAUGAACGGUUUCAGAUAAUGUCUGCUAGUGUCGACGAACUGACCUGCAGAUUCGUUGGCAAAAAUGGAAAGAAAUAUGAAAUACAUGCAAAUAUUACCGAGACUUAUCCCACCACACCGCCAGUGUGGUUUGCUGACAGCGAGGAUCCCAUCGUGACAAAUGCUGUCCAGAUCCUCUGUAAUACACAAGGAAGAGAUAAUCAUGUUAUAAAUCAGGUUGGCAUAUUAUUGAGAGAACUAUGCAAGUUACAUGGUGUUCCAGAACCACCAGACUUAGAUUCAUUAUCACUGCCCCUCCACCCUGCCCCACAUCAAAGAGUACCAAGCGUAACAUCAAACGGCGCGGAGUCAGGCACGGAGGAAGACGAGGAGAUGGCGGCGGAGGAGGACUCCUCGGACGCGGAAGACGACUUGCCGCUCGAGAUGGUGGACGACGCCGCGCGCAGCAACAAGGACGACAUGGAAACGGAACACUUAGCAACAUUAGAGAGAUUGCGGCAGAAUCAACGACAGGAUUACCUCUCAGGGUCCGUGUCGGGAAGUCUGCAGGCCACCGACAGACUCAUGAAGGAGCUCCGGGAUAUAUACCGCUCGCAUUCCUUCAAAUCUAAUAUGUAUUCUAUAGAGCUGGUGAACGACUCGCUGUACGAGUGGAACAUCCGGCUGCGCGCGGUGGACCCGGACAGCGCGCUGCACGCGGACCUGCAGCAGCUGCAGCAGCGCGAGGGCAAGGACAGCAUCCUCCUCAACAUACUCUUCAAGGAGACCUAUCCCUUCGACCCGCCUUUCGUCAGGGUCGUCUACCCCAUCAUCUCCGGAGGCUACGUGCUGGUGGGCGGCGCCAUCUGCAUGGAGCUGCUGACGCGGCAGGGCUGGUCGUCCGCGUACACGGUGGAGGCGGUCAUCAUGCAGAUCGCCGCCACACUCGUCAAGGGCAAGGCCCGGAUACAGUUCCCGCAGACCAAGGUGGUGUCGGCGUCUCAGUACAGCCUGGCGCGUGCGCAGCAGAGCUUCAAGUGUCUGGUGCAGAUACACGAGAAAAAUGGCUGGUUCACGCCCCCGAAGGAGGACGGCUAGACCGACGCGGCGCCGACGCAGGACCGCAGCGACGGCUGCAUCAUGAAUUCCAAGGAAUCAUUGCCCUACGUUAAGGAGUAUGACUGUCGACGACUAUGUAUAAUAUAAGUGCUAUUGUGGGCGCGAGAGACUCUAUAAGACUUAUAGGAAAUGUUUAAUGUGUAACGUUUUUGUAAUCAUUGAUUUCUCAGUUAUGCAGUAUGGUAGCCCAGACUUAGACGUUACGGAGUGUAAAGUCGGAAAAUUCUUUGCAUUUCUUUUUAGUUAUUGAAAUAAAAAACCUGUGAUUCUUA